AUGGCGGACCAAGAGGAGGCUUUUGCCCUUGAGAACUCUCCUGGUGGUUCAGAUUCAAGGGAAUUACAGUCCGAUAAUAAAUCAGAGAAACAGAACGGAACCUCAAGCAAAUCCCCAUCAUCUCAGACUACUUACAUUCAGCAGGGAAUGGAGGCAAUAAAAGUCUACUUGCACGAGAGGGAACUCUGGGUAAAGUUUGACGAGGUGGGGACGGAGAUGAUCAUCACCAAAGCUGGACGGCGAAUGUUCCCCAGCUUCAAAGUGAAGGUCACAGGAUUAAACCCCAAAACUAAAUAUAUUCUCCUGAUGGAUGUUGUUCCUGCGGACGACCAUCGAUACAAAUUCGCCGACAAUAAAUGGUCUGUGACCGGGAAGGCAGAGCCCGCCAUGCCCGGCAGGCUGUACGUCCACCCGGACUCUCCGGCCACGGGGGCGCACUGGAUGAGGCAGCUCGUCUCCUUCCAGAAGCUGAAGCUCACCAACAACCACCUGGACCCGUUCGGACACAUCAUCCUAAAUUCGAUGCACAAGUAUCAGCCGAGGAUCCACAUCGUGAAGGCGGAUGAAAAUAACGGUUUCGGCUCCAAAAACACGGCCUUCUGCACUCACGUCUUCCCCGAGACGGCCUUCAUCGCGGUGACGUCCUACCAGAACCACAAGAUAACCCAGUUGAAGAUUGAAAACAAUCCGUUUGCAAAAGGCUUUCGUGGAAGUGAUGACAUGGAGUUACACCGGAUGUCCAGAAUGCAAAGUACCAAGGAGUAUCCAGUAGUGCCUCGCAGUACAGUGCGCCCGAGAGUGGGCUCCAGCCAGAGCCCGUUCAGUGGGGAGGUCCAGAGCAUUGCCACCCCGAGCGCACUCAGCUCCCAGUACUCCCAGUGUGAGAACGGGGUCACAAGCACCUCACAGGACAUGCUGCCUCAGUCGGGCUCCUACCCCGUGCCACAUGAGCACGGCCAGGAGUACCACUGCAUCAAGAGGAAAGUGGAGGAUGACGGCCACUCUGGUGAGCAGAGCUAUAAGAAAGCCUAUCUGGAGAGCUCGUCCAGUGAGGAGGACCAUUACUACCGUCCCGUUGGCUACGCCCAGAGCCUCGGCCUGGCCGGCGGGCCCUACCGCAGUGAAUCCAGCCAGCGGCAGGCGUGUAUGUAUGCCAGUGCCUCGCAGGGUGCUGAGCCAGUUCCUAGUUUGGAGGACAUCAGCUGCAACACUUGGGCCAGCGUUUCACCCUAUGGGAGUUGCUCCGUCACCACCAUGCAGCCGAUGGACCGGCUGCCCUACCAGCACUUCUCCGCUCACUUCACCUCAGGGUCUCUGGUGUCCAGACUUGGCGGGGUUGGGGGCCACGCCUCUCCGCAGCUGGGCGAUGGCCACCACGCUGCCAUGUACCAAAGCUCCAUGACCCACCAGACUCUGGGCCGCCAGUGCAGUCCUGGGGCUGGGAUUCAGUCGCCAGCAGCUGGCCUACAGGGAAACGAAUACCUCUAUACACACGGCAUACCACGUACACUGUCGCCACACCAGUACCACACAGUACAUAGCGUCAGCAUCAUGCCAGAGUGGAACGAGAACAGUUAG